UUUUUAAUUUUUUUUGGCUCACAAUUAAUAGACAAUAAUUAGCUCUAUUAUUUAUUAUUUAUUUCUUCAUUUAUGGAAGCAUCAACAUUUAAUUUGGUUGAAAGUAUAAUAUAUUGUGGAUUGAGGGCCUAUCUGUUUCUAUUCCACAAAUCAGAUAAAUUAAAGUGACAGAAGAAAGAAGAAGGAAAACAUUGUUAAAACGUCAAAGAAAAGUGGAAAGACUUAUUUUUAUUUUUGUCUGGAUUUUGGAUUGUUGUCAAACUGUGACAUCAGCAAAAUUGGUUGGUUAAUGUUAGUGGAAGUAGUGAAAUGUCUCUAAAACCAAGAAGAGUAGACUUUAACGCCACUUGGGGCGCUAUCAGAGAAACCAUCAAUGGUGUGAUUACUCUAAAUCACGUAGCAAGGCCUGUCUGGAAUGAUAGAUUUUCCGAUGUUUAUUCAAUAUGUGUGGCACAUCCAGAGCCUAUGGCUGAUAGGCUGUAUGCAGAAACUAAGCAGUACCUCAUAGAUCAUGUUGCAAAACUUUUGAACAAGGUUCAAGAAGAAGGCGAACAAAACUUGAUAAAAAACUAUUUCCUCUAUUGGUCUCAGUACUCUGUAGGUAGCCAAUAUUUGCACAGUUUAUAUUUGUAUUUAAACCAACAACAUAUUAAAACACAGAAGCUAUCAGAUGCUGAAAUCAUCUAUGGAAGUCCAGACUCUACUGGAGGCGAGCAAAUGGAAAUUGGUGAAUUGGCAUUGGAAAUAUGGCAAAGUGGGAUGAUUGCUCCAUUGGGCUUACGAUUGGUGAAGCUUUUAUUGGAGGCUAUAGACCAAGAUCGAGCAAAACAGACACUGACUGUACCUAUCGAGGCUGUAAAAGGAACCAUUUUAAGUUUCGUUGAGGUUCAAGGCUAUAGGAAAAAAGCCCCACUACAGUUGUAUCAAGAACUGUUCGAAGAAGAAUUUCUUGAUGCUAGUGGAGAACACUUCAAAAGAGAUGCUGCUAGACUUUUACAGGAAAAAGACGUCAGUUUAUAUAUGGAAAAGGUUAAAGACAAGAUUGAAGAAGAGUUGUUCAGGGCCAGAAGAUUUUUACAUUACAGUUCCUUUGCUAAGGUAUCACAUAGAUGCGAAACUCAUAUGGUGGCUGAACAUCUGCAAUUUUUGUACAGCGAGUGUUUAAAUAUGGUACAGCAAGAAAGGAAGAAGGAUUUGUCAAACAUGUAUGACUUAUUAAAAAGUGUACAGAAUGCUAUGGUUGUAUUAGUAGAAACAGUGUUAGAUCACAUAAAAACACAAGGAUUGGCGGCUGUUGGCAACCUCCAAGGAGAUAACAUCCAUAUAUCUUUCGUCGAAAACCUACUGACAGUAUAUAAAAAGUACAAAGAGCUGAUACAGGAGGUGUUUAAGUCAGAUCAGAACUUCAUGGGUGCUUUAGACAAAGCCUGCAAUGCAGUGAUCAAUCACAGGCCUAAUCAGGGAAGGUCACCUUGCAGAAGUCCUGAACUUCUUGCUAAAUAUUGUGAUACGUUGUUGAAGAAAUCGAGCAAAGGAAUUGGGGAAGCUGAGGUAGACGAAAAAUUGGCAGAAAGCAUUAUAAUAUUUAAAUACAUAGAUGAUAAAGAUGUUUUUCAAAAAUUCUAUUCACGAAUGCUGGCUAAAAGACUGAUACACCAACAAACACAAAGCAUGGACGCCGAAGAGUCUAUGAUCAAUCGGCUGAAACAGGCUUGCGGCUAUGAAUUUACCAGCAAACUCCACCGCAUGUUCACUGAUAUGUCCGUCAGUUCUGAUCUUAACAACAAAUUCAACUCAAUUUUAAAGGAAGAUAAUAUCGAUCUAGGCAUCAACUUUAGUAUCUACGUAUUGCAAGCAGGGGCUUGGCCGUUGGGUCAAGCCAUCGUCACUCCUUUUGCUUUACCUCAACAACUAGAAAAAAGUGUUCAAAAGUUCGAAUCCUUCUAUCACAACAAAUUCAACGGCAGAAAACUGACCUGGCUCCAUCACCUUUGUCAAGCAGAACUGAAAUUGAACCAUCUCAAGAAAUCAUACAUGGUCACUGUUCAGACGUUCCAGAUGGCUAUGCUGCUUCUCUUUGAAAAUACUAAUGCUUUAACGUGUAAAGAUAUUCGGGAAACUCUUCAGUUGAAUAACGAGCAGUUCAAUAGACAUGUAGUGAGUCUCAUAGACUCGAAAUUGCUGUUAGCAGAUUCAGAGGAAUUGACACCUGAAGUGACACUUUCAUUAAAUAUGGACUAUUCGAAUAAAAGAACUAAAUUUAGGAUAACAGCUGCCGUACAGAAGGAAACACCUCACGAAGUAGAACAGACGAUGAAUUCUAUAGAAGAAGACAGAAAAAUGUACCUGCAGGCUGCCAUUGUUAGAAUAAUGAAAUCGCGGAAGGUGCUUAAACACAAUCUGCUCAUCCAAGAGGUUUAUGCUCAAUCAAAAGUAUCCUUCGCCCCUAGUGUACAGUUAAUAAAGAAAUGUAUAGAAUCGCUGAUAGAUAAACAAUAUAUCGAAAGGACGCCCCAAUCUAGCGAGGAAUACAGUUAUGUAGCAUAAAUAAAUAUAAAAAAGCAAAAAUUUAUUUUUCUUGUAGAAGACAGACUGAUGGACGCUGUGCGUUUUUACAAAAGACAUAUUUUUCUUUGAUUUGCAUUGUGUAUUUAUGAAAUUUUACGACAAUUAUGAAAUGCUGUUCAUAAUUUUCUUACUUAUAAUAACUUAUUGUAUUUUUGGUACUUUAUAUUUUUCUUGUUAAUUUUAUACUAUUUUCCUUUAAAUUCUUCCUUACUAUUAACCAUAAUGUAAAUUAUUUAAAUUUGUCGCCACUGAAUAACUGAAAAGUACAGAUCAGUGGAAAAACCUGCAAAAAUAGGGUGAUUGUUCCGUAUAUUUUUGUUGUACCUAACGAAGAUUGAUAAAUUAUUUUUUACAAUCUCUUAAUAUUAUUUAGCUGAAUUAGUGCGCAACAAAAAAUCUAGAGAUCACUGUCUCAUAUCCGGUUCGAAGGACUACUGUUGUGGAAAAUUCCGCAAAAUAACAUUAAUUGACCGUAUAUAAAAAAUAUAAACCCUUCUUGCUGCAAAAACAUACGCUACACUCAACAACGAACUGCUUCUAAGGUCAUUAUAACUACUUUUAAAUUAUGUACAUUUUCCUCUUUUUUUAAGAUUUACCUUUGAUUUUCUUGUCAAGGUUUUUCAUUUUCUUUUUAUCCAUGAUAUAUACCCUCAUACCAGUAAUUUUUACGAAUAUUUUGCUAUCAUGCAAUAUGAAAGGGUUAAUAUAUUUUGUUAAAUGUUCGUCUUUCGUAAUUGCGCAAUGUGUUCAUCGAUAUUCAAACUAUUUACAGUACAUAAAAAUUUCUAUCUGGAAUAUCGACGACUAUUUCGCGAAAACCAAGAAAUAAAUUUGACUUGGCAACGCUGUAGCCCUAUAUCUGACACUUACCACACAUUUUUUUGUUUUUCCGACUAUAGUUCACACGAAACCCUUCAGUGCGUUGUAGAUUAUCGAAUUCUCUCUAACGCAUUAAGUUGGAGGUAACAGAAAAAAUAAUGUGUGUGUACUUUGUACGCACGUAAGAAGAUAUUCUUCUAUUAUAUAAUAGGUAAUUUAAACGAAGUAAAUAUACUUAAAAGGUUAUUUAUAUUUUAUUUAAAAAUCAAACUAACUUUCUUAUCUACCACUUUCAAAAAUUUUUUAUUAAAACAACCAAAAAUUAAAAAACAUAUGAAUCGCCCAGGAAUUGAACCCGCGUCAUUCCAAUCUCAGAGCUAACGCAUUACCCACUACUCCACCGAGGCCCUAGAAAUAGACAUGUAAGUUUCGGAUAUAAUUACACAACACGGCGACAUAUAGUGUAAAAAUGUUAUGCUUAGGUACAUAAUAUUUUAUUAUUUUACUACAGGGAAACACAAAUCCAAAAACACAAGAAUUAUAAUAAAUAAUACAUUUCCUAAAACCACUAAUAUAUUCUUUUAAUGACUUAUUUGCACGGUUACAGAUACAUACAUACCUAUCUUGAAAGAUUAGCAAUGAACUACAUACUGUCAGUGUGCGCAGGCGCGCGGAUCAUGUACAAUUUUACCCUCAAUCGAUUCGCCGCUAAAGAAGAAUAUCUUCAAAAACGUACCUCCAUGAUUAUUAUACAUAGAACUUAAAAAAUUAUGUAUUCGGUGACGGGUAUUUGCAUAUUAAAGCGACUUAUACUUAUAGAUGUAUAAUUGGUUGACGAUUACAAUACGCUAAAUAGAUAAACAAUCAAUGAUGCGAAUAAAGAUAAUUUGACGCAAAAGUAUUCGAUCGUAACAGUACUUUCGCAAUGUCAACGGGUAAAAUGAAGGUUAUUAUUUUUGUAGGUUAUUAUUUUUCAACGACGUAAAUAUAAAUAUUUUAUGUUAUUGGUAUAUUCGGACAUAGUAUAGUGAAAUUUUAUUUCACAUUUAUUUAUUUUUUCAUUAAAAAAUUAAAAUAUUAAUUUCUUUGCAAAAAUUUGUAUAAAUAUUGAUAUUUAUAUAAAUAUAAAUAUUCUGACAACUGUCAGAUUUAACUUAAAUGGCAUGCAAUGAUUCGCGACAUUUUUAAAAUCCUAUAUGACGUCAAAAUUAAUGACGCACUGAAAGAAGGGUUUGGUAUAAACUAUAGAUGCAAUCAAUAUAUUUAUAUACAGUAACCAACAAACUUUCUUUAUAGUCCAUUAAAAUGUUACAUUUAGGGGGACUGGGGGUGUAGGGGGCUUCAGUAAAAGCUUAAGUUUAAGUUUUUGGGGUCGCCACCCUUGUCCCCCGGCCGCCAUAUUGGAAAAACGGGUACAAAGGGUUUUCGCGCUGUAUCUUCUAAACUAGCAAUCCUACAGAAAAUUUAUUACGCAUAAAAUGUAGCAAAUUAAAUUUUCUACAAUUUUAUAUCUAUUACUUUUUAUCGUCAAGUGACCAACAAAAAAGUUAUAAAUAAAAUAUGAGAAAACUUUGGAAGAAGUUUCCUUUUGGAGGUUAUCUUUUUUUCCGUUCAUUUCACAAUAAAAUAACAUCAUAGCGACUUUGUAGAGGAUUUUUCAAUGAACAAUUUUCGCUAUAAAGUUGUUUAAUUUUAUUUAUUAUCUAGGUUUUACAGCGCUCCAAUCUUGACCAGAUUCUCUAAUUCUCAUAGGAAUACAAUAAAAAAAAAUACUUUUCUAUCUAUACAGGGUGUCCAGAAACUCUACCGACAAACGAAGACAGGAGGUUCCUCAGAUAAUUUUAAGACAAUUUAACCCAAUUCACCUAGUCCGAAAAUGCUUCCUAAGGGAGCUAGAGCUCUUUGAAAAUGGCGUCAUGUAAUUAGUUUUUCUUAAAUACCUCCAGAACGCUUCUAUUUACAAAAACGAAAAUUGGUAUGCGUUUUUAGUUUCCAGAAGUGAAUCGCCUCCAUCCAUUGCGAAUUUCUAGUACUAGUCAUAGGCGUCCGUUUUGGGUAGGGCAACGGUUUUGACUCUGAAUUAUUAAAUUGCGAGGUAUUCUAGUACUAAAAGGUACUCUUACUUUAAGUCGAUAGGAUACACCGUUUUCUAGAAAAAUCGAUUUGAAAAUUUUUCGUUCUUUGAAUUUAAAAAAAAAGAUUCAAAAACUAUUUAGAAAGAUGAAAACUUGUACAUUCCAGAGAUUAACUGAUUUCAUUAAUGGCGAAUUUCUAGUACCGGUCAUAGGCGUCCGUUUUGGGUAGGUCAACAGUUAUUUGAUAGCAUAACUUUAUUGUCUUUAAUUUUUAAGUAUUUUUGACACUAGAUUAUUCAAUUAUGAGAUAUUCGAGUACUAAAAGUUACUCUUGCUUUAAGUUGAUAAAAUAAAUCGUUUUUUUUUAUUUUUUUCAUUUUUUUUUCAAAUUCCCAAAACGAAAACCUUUCAAAUCGAUUUUUCUAGAAAACGGUGUGUCCGACCGACUUAAAGUAAGAGUACCUUUUAGUACUAGAAUACCUCACAAUUUAAUAAUCCAGUAUCAAAAAUGCUUAAAAGUUGAAGACAAAAAAGUUAUGCCAUAAAAUAACCGUUGCCCUACCCAAAACGGACGCCUAUGGCCGGUACUAGAAAUUCGCAAUGGAUGGAAUCGAUUCAUUUCUGGAAAGUAAACAUGUAUACAAAUUUUCGUUUUUCUAAAUGAAAGCAUUCUGGAGGUAUUUAAGAAAAACUAAUUACAUAGCGACAUCUUCAAAGAGCUCUAGCUCCCUUAGGAAGCAUUUUCGGACUAGGUGAAUUGGGUUAAAUUGUCUUAAAAUUAUCUGAGAAAUCUCCUGUCUUCGUUUGUCGGUAGAGUUUCUGGACACCCUGUAUAUUAGUCGAGCAGCAAUCUUUAUGCCGACCACGAAAAUCAAAUUUAAGGUGAAUGACCAAUGUUGUUGAAUUUUUAUGUUUUCGAGGUCGGUGAAUCCGAAUAUGAAGUUUAUUUUUAUCUAGAUUUGGUAAAAAAAUAAAUUUUAUACAAAAAUGCCAAAAAUCAAUUUUGAUGAUUUUUCAAAUUUACCUCGCUGUAUCUUUGGUCGCUGUAAAUAUUUCCUUUUGAAAAUUUUACUGUUUAAUCUCUGAAGUAUGUAGAUAACAAUGGGAUUUGUCCUAAAUAUUUAAACACAUUAAAAAAGGAGUUGUUAGUUUUUAAACAUUUCGUGAUCAUAUUUCGUUAGUUUCAUGUUUACUUAAAAAAGUUGAGUGACAAACUUUUUAGUUUAUAAUUUUAACCAACAAAACAAUAAAAUAUAAUUCAUGAAGAAGUUUUUUGGAAAAUUUUAAGUCAAAAUAUACAAUAGGAAAAAAGUUAUGUUACUUCAUAAACAAGCGGCACACCCCAAAAAACGGUUAUAUCUUGAGAUCCUGACCACGGUGUGGUGAAUGGCUAGUUUUGAUCAUACUUUAUGAUUUUGAUAACAAAAAUUCGUUUUUUGCUCUUCUUAAGAAUUUUGCAAUAUGCGGUUGCGUCAUUCUUCUUCUGAACCGGCGAAUUUGUCCUCAAACAACUUCUUGGGCCGUUUCUAUAUAUGCUUCGGGUUAUGAGUUUUAUAGUGGGGAGAAAGGUCAAAAACAGAUUAAUAAUAGCAUAGGAAUGUUAAAAUCAUAAUAAAUUGUAUGAAUAAAAAAUAUAUAUAGAUAGAAAAGUAAGCCUAACUUUUGUUUUUAUUAUAAUAUACCUAUGAGCAUUCGAGAAUCUGGUCAAGUUUGGAGCGCUGUAACACCUAUAUAAAUAAAUAGAAUUAAACAAAUUUAUAGUGGAAAUUGUUCGCUGAAAAACCCUCUACAAAAAUUGCUAUAAUGUUAUUUUAUUUUAAAAUGAACUGAAAAAAAGUUAUAACCUCCAAAAGGAAUCUUGUUAAAAUUUUUUACAUAUUUUUCUUUAUAUCUUUUUUGUUGGUCACUUGACGAUAAGAAGUAAUAGAAAUAAAAUUGUAGAAAAUUUAAUUUGCUACAUUUUAUGUUUAAUUAGAUUUUCCGUAGGGUUGGUAGUUUACGAGAUAUAGCGCGAAACCCCUUUGCACACCAUUUCCAAGAUGGCGGCUGGGGGACACGGGUGGCGACCCCAAAAACUUAAACUUAGCUUCUACUGAUCUCCCCUACACAUUAAAGAAAUAAAAUUGACUCCUAACAAAUGCAAGGUACGGCUUAAAAAAUGUAACAUUUUAAUGGAGUAUUACGAAUAGCUGAUGAUAUUCCUUUCCCUAGCUCUCUGAAAUAUCUUCCUUUUGAAAUACUAGUAUGUAAAAUAGUAAAAAAAUGUGAUCUAAAUCAUGACUGCGAGUCACUAUAUUCUAUACUAUCUGAAACUUUCGUCUAUAUAAUCUGCAACUAUUCUAUAAUUAGUGGAACUGAUUGACCUUAAAUGUUUUGCAUUUAAAGUCUUCAUAACAACCUACUACAGCCCAUUCACUCUUCAAUUACCAUCUCAAAGGUCAAAAAAGUUUUCUCAAAGUCAUUUGUGCUCUUUAAAUUCCGGUGUUGUCAAAAUGUACAUAAAAUAACUAGAUCUCAAUAAAUCCACUAUAAUCCAGACAGAAAAAUUUAAGUAUUGUGAUGACACAUUUUAGUUUUAAAUUAAAUUAAAUUGUCUCGAUGAUUUUUUUGUCAAUUAUUUAUUACAUUCUCUUUAAUUUAUACCGAAAUAUUAUUGUAAAAUACAGACUUAAGUUUAUUGUAAGAUUCUUUUGUUAGACUAACCAAUGUGAUACGAAGUUAUUUCUUAUUUGUUGUGUGUAAUUAAAUAAAAUAUUUUUUAUUUUAA